AUGGUAAAUCGCGUGUCGAUGUGCGCGGCGUAUGGGAAGGUCGCGGCGAGCGCGGCGUUUGGGAAGGUCGAAGCGAGCGCGGAGGGGAAGGCGGAAGAGAGGACGGAGAUGGUAGGCGCGGACGGGGAAGCGGAUGAGAAGACGGAGUUGGAGGCCCAGGCGUUAGCGGCAUCCGCAUGCGCCCUAUGGUGCUUCGUGGAGACGGGGGCGUCGGUGCUCGGUGCUGUGGGUGAAGGGAAGGCGGCGGCGAUGGUUGUAGGUGCGGGGGAGAAGAGGGCCGAGAACUUCAAGAAGGUGAUGCACGCGGUGAUCGACCUAGCACGCAAUAGGGAGGCACCCGCAGGGGAGGUUGCACACAACGUCGCACCGGCGCUGCAGCGUCAGGCUGUGGACAAUGCGUUGAGCUCGUAA